AUGGCCCUCGACGAUGCCUCGCCGCAGGCAGAGGCCUACCCUGACAACCAUGGCCGAGCCAACCCCCAAGCCGAACAAUCCCUAGGUCCAAACCCCGCAAUGGCUGGCAACUUCCACUUGCAGGUUAGGCCAGAGCUAGUGGUGAGGCCUGAUCUGUUUACAAUGACGUUCGGAUUCUUCGGUCGCAGGAAUUGGCAGCGAAAUGUGGCAUACACGAUGAUGGAGCGCGUGGAGAACUCAUGGCUUCUGACGGGGCGCCCUCUCACACAGGACGAGUUGGACGCGUUCACUACCUAUUCGACGAGGACCCUGUACUACCGGCGCAUGGGUGUACCUAUCUCGUCUUUCUUGGGAACGGCAUAUCUGUAUUACAGAGUCCGUAAGGACGCGGGUCUACCAUCGAAUGCCAGUCCGGCCUCGGUUUAUGAUUACCUUCGCAAUAUAGCUCGGGGCGAUAAAGCCGGGUUCCGGUCUUUGGUCGCUGCAUCCGCUUUCAAGAUGCUAUUCAUCACGACAACCGGCGCGAUUCUGUCUGGAUUCGCUGCCCUAUACUCAGAGACUACAAACGUGAUCGUGGAUCCCCGAUUGAGAGGCUUUGUGGAGGACAUGAGAGGCCAAAAGCCCGAGGAGGUGCGACAGCGCAAGCUCAAAGCUGCUAGUGAACGAAUUCGUCGUAUGCGCGGUGGUGAGAAGGAUAUUGAGGGUUACAUUGUUGAGGAACUUCAACAUCCUGGUUCCCACCCGGAGCAGAAUGAUCAAGACUCCUACGCGUACGAGAACUCAGCGACAACGCCUUCUAGUAGCGACAUGUCAUACAGCACCUCUCAAAAUGACCAGCAGACUAGCUCGGCUGGUCAACAGCGCCCUGUGGCGGAAGCUCCACGCAAGUCGUGGGGUUAUGGGGGCCAGGCCCCAUCCCGGCAGGGAGAAUCGUCCAAGGAGUCUGAUUUCUUCUUCGGCGGCAAGGACGACGAUGCGAGCCCCACGGCUCCCGAAUACCGGUACACGAACCCCGAUGGCUCGCCCACCAGUGCCUGGGACCGCCUGCGUCAACAAAGCGGACAACGUCCCCGGGCUCCCCCGCCUCAGCAGCCCAGGCCGCAAUGGGGCCAGGAACAGGAUUCUCCCAAUUCACCAACUUAUACCCCUGCCGGUGAUCGAGAUCCAUAUGAAUCCAGCAGAAACCGCGAAAAGGAGCAAGCACAGGCUGAUUUCGAUCGCAUGAUGGAAGCGGAGCGAAAUGCCUCUACCAGUGGAUCGCCUCAGAACCGGGACUGGUGA